AUGGUAGCCAGAUCGCCUCUUAUUUGGAGCUGUUGUUUCCUGUGGACUUCCUCGGCCUUUACGAUGGAAUCAUCAACGCGGCAACCACCACCAGAACACCUAGUACCAACCACUACUAGUCGACUGACAAGGUUCAUGUCCUCUAGUGUUGAAGAGGAAAAUAAUUCUACUCCCGAGCCUCCCCUAUACAUCAAAGAGGGUCUAUUUGCUGUCGAUAAACCACUUGGGUGGACCAGUCAACAAGUGGUGGGGCGUGUCCGAUCCCUUUUGGAGAAGGACGCCAAAGCACGAGGUGUGGUCGACAAUCGCAAGAAGCGACGUCGGCCUUGGAUGAAAGUUGGUCACGGUGGGACCUUGGAUCCCUUGGCAAGUGGAGUCUUAGUGGUUGGCGUUGGAAAAGGAACAAAGAGUUUACAAAAAUACUUGACUGGUUCCAAGGGGUACAAAGCGGGAGUGGAACUGGGUUUUCAAACAACCACACUAGACUUGGACGAAAAUGGUGAGAUUGUGGGCAAAAUGCCCUUUGAUCAUGUCACCUGGGAAAAUGUGGAAUCAACACUGGAUGGUUUUCGAGGGACGAUACAACAGAAGCCUCCAAUCUUCAGUGCACUGAAGAAGGAUGGCAAGCGAAUGUACGAACUUGGAAGGAAAGGAGUGACGGCAGAGGAUAUUGAAAUUGAAGCCAGAGAGGUGGUAAUUCAUCGAUUGGAGCUCCUAAAGGAAGAAUCCGAAGAACCAAAGACUUUUGGAUUAGAUGUCGAGUGUGGUGGCGGUACAUACAUUCGCUCCUUGGUCAGAGAUAUUGGAAUCUCAUUAGAUACCCUGGCAACGAUGACGAGUCUAGAAAGAACAAAGCAAGGGCCGUAUCUUCCCGAGCACUGCCUGAAGGAGGAUGAUUGGACAGCAGAAAAUAUUUUCAAAGCUAUUGAGGAAACAAGCUUCGUUCUAGUUGAAGAAGAAAACGACGAUGAGAAUUAG